AUGGUCAACGCACGUUCCGUCGUGGCCUCACUUCUAGUGCCCGCUGUCUCUAUGGCAGCAGCCCUCCCGCUCGAUGAGGGUAGCGUGGGCAUUUCGAUUGUUGGAGGUACAACGGCUACGAUCGGGGAGUUUCCAUACAUUGUCAGUCUUACUGAUGGGAGCACCUUCUGUGGCGGUGUUCUGAUCAGUGCCAACACUGUUUUGACCGCCGGACACUGCGCCGGCAUGAGUCAGUCGUCUCUUAGGGUUCGGGCCGGAUCAGCUAACCGCUCCUCCGGUGGUACUCAAGUUGGAGUCUCUUCCAUUACCAUUCACCCCAGUUAUAGAGAGGGUAGUGACGGCAUUCCAUAUAACGACGUUGCCGUCUUUAGACUUUCCACCAGUAUUCCUGAGAGCUCUACGAUCAAAUAUGCUACCCUUCCCACCCAAGGGUCUGACCCUGCUACUGGCUCUUCUGUCACUGUUGCUGGCUGGGGUCUCACAAGUGAGAACGGCUCUGGUGUCGUCUCUGCUCUGAGGAAGGUGACCGUCUCCGUCAUUUCCCGAGCUACCUGCCGCUCCCAGUACGGUACCUCCUCGAUCACUGACGCCAUGUGGUGUGCUAGUGUGCCGGGUGGCGGUAAGGAUGCGUGCGGUGGCGAUAGCGGCGGUCCUAUCAUUGAUGCCUCAACUGGAGUCCUCCAGGGUGUUGUGUCUUGGGGUAACGGGUGCGCCAGAGCAAACUACGCUGGAGUAUACACUAGAGUUGGCAACUUUGUUAACUGGAUCAAUGCCAAUAAGGCUUAA